AUGCCGCUUUCUUCGGCUUUUCCAUCGACAACCGAUCCCGUACCUACUUAUAACCGACCCGCUCAUCGACGAGACUUUCAGAUCGCAAUCAUUUGCGCUUUGCCACUCGAAUUCGAUGCCGCCAUCCUCCUUGUCGACGAGUUCUGGGACCAGAAUGAUAGGCAGUACGGGCGAACCUCUGGGGACAAGAACACUUAUAGGAAUGGGCGGAUUGGCAUUCAUAACGUGGUGCUCAUGCUUCUUCCCAACAUGGGAAAGACGGCAGUCGCUGGUUCGGCGGCUAACCUGCGAACAAGCUAUCCAAACCUGAAGCUUGCUUUGCUCGUUGGGGUUUGCGGCGGAGUUCCGUUCCCAGGUACGUACGAGGCGCUUCUAGGUGAUGUGGUUAUCAGUGAGGCUAUAGUCCAGUAUGACUUUGGAAGACGAUAUCCUGGCGAGUUCAUACCCAACGAGACGGCCGAGACAAUCCCAAGCGCACCGAACAAAGACAUCCGUACCUUUCUUGCUUACUUCCAAUCUGAUACUGGAAAAGACGAGUUACGACGGAAUGCGGCCAACCAUCUACAAGCUUUACAGAACGCGGCUAGCAUAAAGAACUAUCGAUGCAGUUUUCGCUAUCCUGGUCCCGCUGAGGACAAGCUCUUCGCCGCGACGCAUCUUCAUAAACACCAGAAGCAAUCAUCAUGCGACUUUUGUUGCGGAGAAUUCGACAAGUUUUGCUCCAAAGCCGCUGAAGCGUCCUGUGCAGAGCUGGGAUGCGACGAGAGCCAGCUGGUGCCCAGGCAGCGCUUAGAAAGGAAGCGAAAUCUACAUUGGGAAGAGGCACCAGGCCCAGACGUCUUUAUCGGCCGCGUCGCCUCGGCAGAUAUGGUGAUGAAGUCUGGUGGCCACCGUGACCAAAUAGCCAAACGAUACAACGUCAUAGCUUUCGAGAUGGAGGGAGCCGGGCUCUGGGACGAGGCUCCCUGCAUAGUCGUCAAGGGCAUUUGUGACUAUGCAGAUAGUCACAAAAACGAUAUUUGGCAGCCAUUUGCAGCAGCCACAGCGGCAGCUGCUGCAAAAGCUAUGCUCGGGCGAUACACUCCAACAGACCAUCUUGAGCUCUCUGUCCAUGGCACUGGUAAGUCGAAAGUCUACUGA